UUCACUUAAUAAUAUAUAUAAAUAUAUAAAUGUCCUUGAGAUGAGCGGGAAACAGACUUAGUUCACUUAAUAAUAUAUAGAUACCAACAAAUCUCCAUCUGUCACCAGGACUCUCCUACCACUUAUAUCAGUUAAACAACUUCAACCAAUACAUCCUAGAGCCUAUUUGAUGCCGUUGUUAUGGAGAGAGGAAAGAGAAAACGAAAGAGGAAUGAAGAGAUCGAAUCAAGUAAUGCAGGCGAACAAAGGGCCAAUUGCUCAUCGACGGGGAAGAGUGGACAACAACAAAUUUCAACACAAGUUCGGCCUAAUAAAUACCGAUUUAUUUUGCCAAGAGGAUUGAUCCCAAAUCAAUUCUUACUGUUACCACAACAUGCACCGUCCAUUGUUAUGAAUUUUCCGGGAUAUCAUGACAUUGGGUCUAUGGACCACACAUGCCAAUUUUGCUACUCCAAAAUGUGGUAUGGAGAGAGACUUUCUCCAAAAGUCAACACCAACAGUCCUAAAUUUUCAAUGUGUUGUCAAAAAGGGCGGGUUCUUUUACCAUCGCUACAACAACCACCUGAUUUUCUUAUAGAACUAUUCAAAGGUAGCGAUAGAAGAAGCACAAAGUUCCUGAACAAUAUUAGGGCAUAUAAUAUGAUGUUUGCAUUUACUUCGUUGGGGGGCAAGGUACAAAAAGAACUCAAUAAUUCCGGAGGACCCUAUGUAUAUCGAAUGCAUGGUCAAAAUUAUCACUUGAUGGGAAGCUUGCUACCAGUUGAUUCGAGCAAACCUAAGUUCUCACAGCUCUAUAUUUAUGACACGGAGAAUGAGAUACCGAACAGACUUCGUGCAUUAGAGAAAUCAGAAUCAUCAAAUGAGCUCGAUCCAAAAAUAGUUCAUGGCUUGAAAGAUAUGAUGGACCAACACAAUGAGUUGGCGAAGUGCUUUCGUUCUGCAAGGGAUAGAUUCCAAGAAGCACCACAAACAGAAUUCAAACUCAGGCUACUUUGUAACCGUGAAAGAGAUGGAAGAACAUAUAAUUUGCCCACUGCAUCUGAAGUGGCUGUUCUUAUAGUCGGAGAUUUGGAUAGUAUGUCUUCUCACCGUGAUAUUAUUUUGGAGCACAAAGAUCGCACUUUGCAACGCAUUAAUGAGCUCCAUCCUUCAUAUUUGGCCUUGCAAUAUCCCAUACUAUUUCCAUAUGGAGAAGAUGGGUAUAGAUUAGAGAUCAAGUAUAGACAAGUUGAAGGUAGAGAUGCUAUCAAACGGAAAGAUGUCACAAUGAGAGAAUUCUUUGCCUACAGGCUUCAACAAAGGGAUGUCGAAUUUAGUACAAUUCUAUCAUCACGAAGACUAUUUCAUCAAUUUAUUGUUGAUGCUUAUACGAUGAUAGAAAGUGAUCGCUUGAAGUAUGUCCGGCUAAAUCAAAAGAAGCUAAGAGCAGAUGUUUAUAAUGGGUUAACCGAUGCGGUUGUAAGAGGCGAAACAAACCCAAACACUCAAGGCAAAAGAAUUAUUUUACCAUCUUCUUUCACAGGAGGUGCAAGGUAUAUGAUACAAAAUUACCAAGAUGCCAUGGCGAUAGUCACACAAUUCGGAAACCCGGAUUUGUUCAUCACAUUUACGUGCAAUCCCAAAUGGCCAGAAAUAGAGAGAGAAGUAAAAAAGGCGGGAGUGAGACCAGAAGAUCGGCCCGAUUUGGUUACAAGGGUCUUUAAGAUAAAGCUAAACAAUUUGAUAGCCGAUUUGAAAGAUCAGAAUAUAUUCGGCCAUCCAAGAGCAUUGGUCUACACGAUAGAAUUUCAAAAAAGGGGAUUGCCGCAUGCCCAUAUUGUGUUGUUCUUACAACCAGAGUUCAAACUAAGGGAGUGUGAUGAUAUAGACAAAGUCAUAUCAGCCGAAUUGCCGGAUCCGAAUCUCGACUAUGAGCUCUUUAAUGCGGUGCAAAGCACAAUGAUCCAUGGACCAUGUGGAUAUCUAAACAAGAAAGCACUGUGCAUGGAAAACGGAAAGUGUGGCAAAUAUUAUCCAAGAACUUUUAACCAAUUCACAACAGUGCGUGAAGAUGGUUAUCCAAUCUAUAGAAGAAGGAAUACCGGUAUCACGGCCGAAAAAAAUAAAAUACCGAUUGAUAACAGAUAUGUUGUGCCAUAUAAUCCGUACUUGCUCAGAAAGUAUCGCGCCCACAUAAAUGUUGAGUGGUGCUAUAAGGCGAGAUCUAUAAAAUAUCUCUUCAAGUAUAUUAGCGCCGCAGAAGGUAUGUGGAGGAUAUUGAGCUUUGAUAUACAUUACAGAAUCCCGGCUGUUGAAAGAUUGAGUUGUCAUCUCCCCAAUCAGCAAUAUGUGGUAUACAAUGAAGAUCAAGAAAUUGAGCAGGUGGUGCAGCAGUCCAAAGUACAAAAAACCACGCUCACUGCGUGGUUUGAAACUAAUAGAGUUGAUCCAGAUGGUAGAACACUUUCUUACGCAGAAUUUCCCAUGAAGUAUACAUGGAAAGAGAGUGCAAAAGUUUGGGUAAAAAGACAACAACGCUCAUGCAAUGGGAGAAUACAUAACAUACCUCCGGGAUCGGGCGAGUGUUGGUACUUAAGGAUACUACUCAAUAAAGCUAAAGGAUGUCAGUCUUUUGAAGAUGUUCGCACCGUGGAUGGUGUCGUAUACCCGACAUACAAAGAUGCCUGCCACGCACUAGGUAUUAUAGAUGACGAUCAAGAAUUUGUUGAAGCACUCGAAGAAGUGAACAAAUGGGGAACUGCAUCAUACUUAAGAACAUUAUUUGCUACUUUUCUGCUUAUAAAGAAUCUGCAUUCUCCAUUGCACGUGUGGACCAAUUGUUGGAAGCUUCUUGCAGAUGAUUUCUUGCAUGGUCCAGGAAAUCCAAAUAUAACGUACAUUGUCUCAGAGAGCGAGGCUCAAGACAAGGCACUUCAAAGGAUCGAAGAGAUUCUAAAGCGUAAUGGAAGAACAUUGGCUGACUUUGAAGGGAUGCCUGUCGUAGAACAUAUAGAUGAUGGACGAGUAGUUGACGCAUUGGUACGGGAAGAAAUGCAGUAUGAUAAAGAAGAAUUGUCUAGCCAGCUGAUGCAGUUACUUCCAUCAUUAACGACUGAACAAAAAGAAAUUUAUGAUUGUGUUAUUAAUGCAAUAUCUACAGAUCAAGGAGGUGUGUAUUUUGUUCAUGGAUUUGGUGGGUCUGGAAAAACAUUCUUAUGGAAUACAUUGGCAGCAUCUGUGAGGAGCAGAGGAGAAGUGUUGAUUAAUGUUGCUUCAAGCGGCAUUGCGUCAUUAUUACUUCCCGGUGGUAGAACCUCUCAUUCCAGGUUUUCGAUCCCAUUGAGUAUUGCUGAAAAUUCAACAUGUAAUAUCAAGUGCGGGAGUCCAAAAUCAAGAUUAUUAAUAGCCACAAAAUUAAUCAUUUGGGAUGAAGCGCCAAUGACUCACAAGUAUUGCUUUGAGGCUCUUGACAAGACACUCAGAGAUAUUUGCUCAUCUGUAAAUCCAAAGAAUGAAGAGUUGCCCUUUGGUGGAAAAAUUGUUGUUCUAGGAGGGGAUUUUCGACAGACGCUACCGGUAAUCCCUAAAGGCACGCGUGAAGAAAUUGUCAUGUCGGCAAUAAACUCAUCAUACUUAUGGGAUUAUGUUCAAGUCAAGCAUCUCACAAUAAACAUGAGGUUGAUGCAUCAAAGCAACAUGCUGGAUAGGGAAGAAGUUGAACGAUUUGCUAGGUGGAUAUUACAUAUUGGCGAGGGCACUAUCGGUAAGGAGUCUGACAGAGGCAUUGAAGUUGAAAUACCGCCUGAUUUGUUGAUCCACUCGAAUGGGGAUAACUACAAAGCCAUUGUUGACAGUACUUAUCCAGACUUGCACAACAAUCUGUCAAAUUUUGACUACUUGGAAGAGAGGGCAAUCCUGGCACCAACUUUGGAAAUAGUAGAGGGCAUAAACAACUACAUCCUCUCAACGUUACCAGGAGAAGAGGUCUAUGCAAUGGAACACGAGGGGUGAUAACAAAAUUGGGGAAACGCAUCUUGGAAGCCAAAGUCCUCACCGGACCGAGCAGAGGGAAUAAAAUAUUGAUUCCAAGGAUGAAUCUAUGCCCAACAGAUACAACGUUGCACAUAAAACUUCAGAGGAAACAAUUCCCAAUUUUAGUAUGCUUUGCAAUGACCAUCAACAAAAGUCAGGGGCAAACACUAGCACAUGUUGGACUUUAUUUGGAAAAAAGUGUAUUCACGCAUGGGCAGCUAUAUGUGGCUGUUUCAAGAGUCAAGAGCAGAAAUGGGUUGAAAAUUUUGUUGGGUGGAGGAGAAGGAUGCAAUACAACAACAAAUGUUGUAUACAAAGAAGUUUUUCAAAAUGUUUGAUUUUCUUUUAUAGCACAUCGAUGUAUGAUACUUAUCACAAGAAUAUUUUCAUUUCACUAUACUUUUGUUACUUUGCACGUUAUGAACUUUUUUAAAUUACCGUGCUAAUAUUAAUGACAAUAAUAACAAUGAUAAUAAUAAUAAAUCUUCAGCCACCAA